UCUUUACACCUCAAUUCAGGAACAUCACAAGCAGGUAACAUGUACCAUUUAUAAAAAUAAAAAAGCAAAUUUCCAAAUCCAUUUUCAGCCAGAUUUGUUGUAUAACAAAUAGAGUUCAGAUAAAAAGAGAACUAAGUGAAAUGGUGAAAACAUCUCAUAUUGGGCUUUUUUAGAAGUUUGAUUAUGGACAUGUCCUCUAAAAUGAAUUCUGGGCGAGCGCCAAGGGAGGAUUGAUUUUUUCAUUCCCGGCUACAGUGAAGCAGUAAUACGUUUAGGAGGACUGUGCUCCCCCGGCAUCAAUGGUAAAUUGAAUGUGUUCAAAAUAUAGGACAAUUGGUGCUGUUCGUUAUUUAUCCUGAAAUUGUCAUGUUGCCUAGCAACAUUGGAAGUCAGCUCUAUAUUGAUACAGGAAUUCCCUGUGGCCCCCCAUCAUUUUUUUCGCUCUAUAAUUAACAAAUAUUGUGAUUCUGCAUUAUUUUAAGGUUAGCUUACACCUUUGCUCCAGCAUGUCUGUACAGAAAAGUUGCAGCUAGUAUAUCGCUUGUAGAGUUUCUAUUGUACAUUGUAAUGACAAUGAAAUAAUCAAUUUUGGGGGAACUGAAUUAUGUAUAUCUCUUGCACAGCCAUCUGUGACAUUUGUCGAAACCGUUUUAGACUUUGAUCAGAUAAAUAUCAGAGAGCUCUCCUCCAUUCUAAAAAGGUCUUAUAGUAUUGAUCCCAGAUCAUUAGAGUAAUACCUAACAUAGCAAUCUGGAUGAAACAAUGAGGAUCAUUAUAUGUUUACCAUUCGAAUGAGUGACUGCUGUGUUAAUUAUUCCAAUUACAUCCCUGCUAUUACUAAUAAUUGUCCCCAUGUUGCUAAAUGCAUAGUUUAGAUUUUCUAGCUUCUUCUUUUUCCCCAGUUGUUUCACUAACUGAUAUAACAGUGAAUUUAGUGUAUAUAUGAAUACAGUUCUCUUCAAGUUCACACAUUUGUCCUAGAGUUAACCAUAGAUGUAGUUCAUUACAAUGGACACGCUACAACAUUUUACAACACAUUCUACACUUCACAGGAGCAUUUUACAUUUUCGUGUAGCCUGUUCAUUAGCAUUUAUUGUGUCUGAUCACUGGUCAAGUUGCAUGCACAAUCAGGCUACAGAUGUCAUGUGUUUUGUGAUACUUGUAUGUGAGGAUUGAAUAGACAUGAAGGCAUCAUGUGGCAAGCUGUUUUUACAUUUAUUCCUCGAAACUAACUAGUAUCUAGAUUUAUGUAGCGCUCCGACUAGUGUGUAUUACAGUUGUCACUUGCACCUAUUCCAUUUUUACUUGUGAUAUUCAUGGUUCAAAUACAUAUUUAUUAGUCCAGAUUUGCUACUGUAAAACUUUACUGUAAAUUUACAGGUAAUUUCUAACCGUAGAAUGUCUGUAAAUAUACAGCAGUUUUCUGUUUUCAGCCCGUUUCAUUCGCAAUACAAUAUCAUACUGUAGAGGUGUUGAAGAUUGAUUCACUCAUUUCAAGUUUUUUAGGUCAAGCCACCCUCCCCACCUCUGACUACCAAAUCAUUUUACUAAAUAUUAUAAAAAUGGGAAGAUUUUUUUAUUAUUGAAAAUUGUGCAAUGAAAAACACCUGCGAUAGUUUCACUCUGUAAUUCCGUUGAAUCAUUGAAAAGUAUAACAGUAAGGGAGAAUAAUUUAAAUAUUUAGAGAAUAAUUUAAAUAAUAUAAACAUUUAAAUAAACAAAAAAUUAAAAUAUUUCAGUGAUGCUUUGGAUGAACAAUAUAUAAUCAGUGGCUGCAGUGAGCUCUGCAGCGGGUCAUGAGAUCAGCUUCUUGUACGUCUUCUCGCCGGAACACGGCAGCGGAGCAACAAGUGACAACAGCAGCUUAUGAUGCCGUCCGCUGUAGAGGUGCUGUUCUGUGGCGAAGAACUUCUAUUUCGGGUUUGUUCAGACGGUGACAAGUCAACGGUCUGAAGAAGGACGAUUCAGUGGAACUGGCGUUUGGUGCUGCUUUAUAAAGGCAGCUAGCACCAACCGCUAUUCAAACACUUGAACACUUGAGAAGACGAAGAAGUCACUUUUUCUCCGGAGUAAUCAAAACAUUUCUGCCUGUGACGAAGAUAAGUGGAAAUUGGAGUGUUAGAAGAUGGUUAAACGAUUGUUCGUCUGAGUAUACUGCUGAAUCAUCUGAAGUAGAUCCAGUGUUAAUGCACCCUGAAACAUGACUAAAGAACCAAGAAAAGGAAAGCAACUUACAAGACUGGCAAUGUUGUGCGAAAAAGAGCAGUACUGUAAAAUUUGUUUGGAAGAACAUUAAAAGUAAAUAAGAUUGCUGUAUUGUUCAUUGAUAACGGUUAACUGCACUUUAAUUGUUUUUAAAUGUUGACAUUUCAGAUUGUGUUCAUAAAAGGCCAUUUUAUUCUUUUUUUCCCUUAAAUGUUUUAAAACUUAGUGUUGUUUUCCAUUUCUUUUGCCAUAACAAAUAAUUUAAUAACAAAAGUGAUUAACAAAAUUAUAUGUUUUUAUUAUUUUAUUACAAAUUCAGUAGGCUACAUUACAUUACAGUAUACCCCUGUAUUAAUGCAAUGAAUUGCUGAUACUGUAAUAUACAUAAUAUUUAAGCAGGAUACUGUAUUUGGUAAUAACAGUAUAUAUGGCAAAUGUUGUCUACAGUAGUAGUCCUGUAAAAAUACAGUAAGUGGAUGGCAACCUAGCUGCGGUAUUGUACUUUAGUGUUCUUUAGUGUCCGUUUAGUGCUAUUUAAAACAAUAUUUUUAACUUUUUGAAAAAGUAUAAAUGUGAAUACCUAACAAGUAUUUGGUAGUAAAACUGGAAUACACACAGUUGAUAUCUUAUAUAUUCAAUUUGUUACCAGUAAUAGAAUAAAUCGUGACUAGUAGCAAAUAAUGUAUUAGACUAAUUGAAGUAGUAGUUGUAAAUUUAAAAAAGGCCUACUAGUAACUAUUGGAGUUCUUAAUAAAAAUACUAGUAAAAUAAGCAAAAAAAAAAAAAGUUGUUUUAAAGUGUAAUUGAUAAAAUAGCUUGCCAUAUGCAUCGAGGCUCCGAGAGUUUCUUGCAAUCGUACGGAACAUGCACUUCUUGUGAGGUUUGUCUAUACUGAACUUGAGGCACAUCGUGAAUGUCUCCAUCCAGAAUUCUUCCGAGUUUAGCUUAUGUGUAAGCAGGUCUAGCUCAUGCAAAAACGCAUGUAUUUUAAUCCAGUAGCAUAUUGAGAUAUUUUCCAUAACUCACGCAAGCAGCCACCUGAUGGACGUACCAGCGAUAGAAGUGCAUUGAAACAAGGCAUACGAAACAUGCUUUGUGAUGAGACCCAGUGAGAUGCAUCACAUGAGAAGAGCUGAACUACCAGAUCCACCCACAAUCUCAUCUAUCAGGAUUUCAGCCGGCACUAAAUCCAUUCUCAGAGGAUGGUAUGAGCGUCUCUCAUCAUCAUUGCUCUUAUGCAGUACAUUUGGUGUACAUGCAGCCCAAGAAUAAUGGAAGACGAAGAAGUUUCUUACAGUUGCAUGCCCACCACCGUUAAAUGUAAAAUGUGGAGACUUUAUUACCAGUCCUGUCCAGCAGUAGUCACAUAAUGGCAUGUAGAGGCGCGUGCUGUUGUGGUCCUGUUAAUGAAGAUAAUGCCAGGUUCAUAAUGUUACUGCUCCUCAUCAUCCUAUAUCUCUUGUGCGGAGCCGCGGUGUUUUCAGCCCUGGAGCAUCCCAAGGAGAAACAGGCGAAGGAAAGGUGGGCACAGAGGUUUGAGCUUUUCAGCCAAAAGUACAAUCUCAACAAAAGUGAUCUGGAGAAGUUCUUGAGACAUUAUGAAGAGGCGAACAUGGCAGGAAUACGGGUGGACACGCUCAGACCACGCUGGGAUUUUACUGGAGCCUUUUAUUUUGUCGGUACUGUCGUUUCCACCAUCGGGUUUGGAAUGACCACACCUGCCACAGUCGGUGGCAAAAUCUUCCUGAUCUUUUAUGGCCUCAUUGGCUGUGCAGCCACAAUUUUAUUUUUCAAUCUGUUCUUGGAAAGAAUAAUAACCGUGUUGGCUUUUGUGCUCAAGUCCUGCCAUGAAGUUCAACGGCGACGCAAAGGAGUUUUACCUCACGACAGCAGACAAAACUUGAGCAAUGCGAGGCUAAAUCGUGAAGACAGUCUUUCAGGAUGGAAGCCCUCUGUGUAUUGUGUGAUGCUAAUUCUUUGCUUGGCAGCAAUAAUCAUUUCUUGUUGUGCUUCGGCCAUGUACUCCUCGAUCGAGGGAUGGGGAUACUUGGAUUCACUGUACUUCUGCUUUGUAGCAUUCAGCACUAUUGGUUUCGGGGAUAUGGUCAGCAGCCAGCGGGCCAGUUACGAGAACCAGACCAUCUACCGAAUCGUCAAUUUUUUCUUCAUUUUAAUGGGCGUUUGCUGCAUUUACUCGCUAUUCAAUGUCAUUUCCAUUGUUAUCAAACAGGUGCUCAACUGGCUCCUGAAAAAGCUUAAGAUACCAUGUCGUCACUGUCCCGGGAGGCCUCUCCGGCCCCGUAGGAAUGCAGUCAUGCCGGGCCAUCUCCGAACACGUGUUCGCAACAUAUCCAUAGACACGGAUGCAGUGAAUGAUAGCGAGACGGAUGGACGCAGGAUGUCUGGAGAGAUGAUCUCCAUGAGAGACUUCCUGGCGGCUAAUAAGGUCAACUUGGCGAUCAUGCAGAAGCAACUGUCUGAGACUGCCAACGGCCAUCCCCGGCCAGGCGGAUCAACAAACAGGCACAAUGGAUUCUCUGGUGGGGUCGGAGCCCUGGGCAUAAUGAAUAAUAGGCUUGCAGAAACCAGUGCGGACAGAUAAAUAUCACUUGUACAAACAAACUAUCACAAUGACUUUACGAAAAAGCCAGAUUUGCACUGCCUAUAGUUUAGCUACUGUUACUUUUAUAACACAGAUGGAGGCUUGUACAUAGUCUCUACGGUGUUGAAUGCUAGUUGAAAUAUCCAUUGCUGCUCUAAAGGUAAUGAAAAUGGAGAACUGAAGCUCAGGUCUGUUUCUAAGAUUGAGGUGCUGAGAAAGGCUUUGCUGCACCAUCUUUUGACUCAAACUUUUUUUUUUUUUUUGGCCAAACUAGCACUUUAUAUGCCAAAAUAAAAAUGCACAGAUGCCAUAUUCGUAGAUCUACAGUUGGGUCUACAAAGUCUGAGACCACUAGUGUGAAUAUAUAAUUAGCAUUCUUUUUCAUAAAUAAAUAUAUGUGACCUUUGACCACAAAACCAGUUUUGAAAUUGAGAUGUAUAUAUCAUCUGAAAGUUGAAUAAAUAAGCUUUCCAUUGAUGUAUGGUUUGUUAGGAUAGGACAAUAUUUGGCCGAGAUACAAUUAUUUGAAAAUCUGGAAUCUGAGGGUGCAAAAAAAUCAAAAUAUUGAGAAAAUCACCUUUAAAUUUGUCCAAAUGAAGUCCUUAGAAAUGCAUAUCCACUCACAAAAAUACAUUUUUGAUAUUUUUACAGUAGGAAAUUUACAAAAUAUCUUCAUGGAACAUGAUCUUUACAUAAUAUUCUAGUGAUUUUUGAAAUAAAAGAAAAAUCGAUAAUUUUGACCCAUACAAUGUAUUGUUGGCUAUUGCUACAAACAUACCUGUGCGACUUACGACUGGUUUUGUGGUCCAGGGUCACGUUAAAUUAUGAGCGUAAGAGCAUUUUGUUAACAUCUGACCAUCUGAACUGUACAAAGAGUCACAUGAUCAGUCACAAUUUUACUAAUUUGAUUAGUGAAUCUUAAGUAUUAAUUAUUAUGUAUACCAUUUAAAAGUUUAGGGUCAGUAUUUUAUUAUUAUUAUAAUUAUUAUUAUGUAAAGAAAUGAAUGCUUUAUUCAGCAAGGAUGCAUUAAAUUGAUCACAACUGUAAAGACAUUUAUGUUACAAAAUGUUUUUAUUUCAAAUAAAUGCUGUUCUUUUGAACUUUCUAUUUCAUCAGAGAAUCCUGAAAAAUGUAUCACGGUUUCCACAAAAAAUAUUAAACAAAUGUUUUCAUCAUUAAUAAUAAGAAGAAAUGUUUCCUGAGCACCAAAUCAGCAUGUUAGAAUGAUUUCUGAAGGGUCAUGUGACACUGAAGACUAGAGUGAUGAUGCUGAAAAUUCUUUCAGAAUAUAACUGUUUUUACUGUAUUUUAAUCAUAUAAACGCAGCCUUGGUAAGCAUAAGUGAAAAUCUUACUGACCCUAUGGUAUAUAUUUUCAGUGUGGUCUCAGACAUUUGAACCUCUCUUUCUGUCUUUGAUAGCUUCUAAAUGGAGCAUUUCUUUUUAAGGUCUGCUGAACCAAGUGAUAAGGUGAUGCAAAUUACAUUCCUCCACCAGUAGCUUACUAUCCUCUUCCCUGUGCAGGUAUGUAGAUAUGGGCAAGAGGAAUAAGGUGAGACAGUUAUGAGAGCCAGACAGCUCGCAUGCCAUCUGCUUCCUGAUGUUGUACUGCAGACACUUCAGACUGUCUAACAGCUGUAUAAAAUUCAUGACUCAACAGCCUAUUGAUUGCUUGAAUUGCUUAUCAGGUAUUUCAGAUGAACUGAAAUGUAUCAGAAGUGCACAGAACAAAACGAACAAUAUCGUUUUGAACUGUUCAUGAAAUAUGUGCAAUGCCAAAAUGGGUAUGAUGCAGGACAUCAGAUCAUUUUCUCCAGCACUUUGUAUCUUGAACUUUGAAACCUGCUUUGUUUAUUUUGAAAUGAAUGACUGUGUAUAGGUGUAAUGCAUGAGCAAUUAUAAUAAAAUAUGCUUUGCCAGUUUUGCUGGGAAAUCUUGUAAAUGUGUGUGAUGUGAAAAUUUUAUUUACUCUUUGUAAUUCUUUGUGUUCUAUCGUAACAUUCAGUGGUCACAUUACCUAAUAUUUUGUCCGUGGCAAUACUGUAUAUCAGUCACUAGUCUCGCGUA